CUCUUCGCCAAUAUACAAUUCGUUCGUCCCAUCCGGCAACGCGCAUACAAAUACCCGGCGCGGUCGUGGAGCGUUUUGUGCUCUGCUCUCGUCGAGGGGCGCACCGAUAGCUAGCUAGAUACAGACGGCGCGCGGAGACAGCGGCAAUGGACGGGCAGGGGAAGGAGGGCAGCAACGGCGGCGGCGGCGGCGGCGGGAGCGGUCAGUACGACGUGGUGGCCAGGGCAUUCGUGGAGUACUACUACCAGACGUUCGACGCCAACCGCGCCGCGCUCGCGGCGCUCUACGGCCACACCUCCAUGCUCUCCUUCGAGGGCCACAUGGUGGCCGGUGCCGAGGAGAUCGGCCGGAAGCUGGCGGCGCUGCCCUUCGAGCAAUGCCGGCACGCCGUCUGCACCGUCGACUGCCAGCCCACGCCGUCCUUCCCAGGCGGCAUCCUCGUCUUCGUCAGCGGCAACCUCCAGCUCGCCGGCGAGGAGCACCAGCUCAGGUUCAGCCAGAUGUUUCAGCUGGUGCCCAACGAGCAGGGAAGCUUCUUCGUGCAGAACGACAUAUUCCGCCUCAACUACGGCUAGCACAGGUUGCGUGUGGCUACCGAAAGGAACCGGGUGCUCGUAUGCUUUGGGGCCAUAUAGACGCGAGAAGCAUCUCCGUCUCUAUUUUUCUGCUUUCGUUCUCUCUUCUUUUUAUAUAUAUUUCGUUCUUGUAGCAUCCUAAAAUAAGUUGGGUAAUAGCCGUACCGAGCCUUCUCCUCGUCGUUAAGCAAUUACAUGGGACAAUGGAAAUUUCCAUGUGCUACCGUUUUUUUUUUCUAUAUUACUUCCUCCGAUU